AGCCUAUCACUUUAAUUUUUUUAUUUUAAUUUUAUUGAUCAUCGGCCUUCUUCCCCAUGCCUAUGCUUCUUCCCAAAACAAACCCGCCAUCACCAUCAUCUCUUCGUCUCUUCUCCCACACACUCACGAGCUUGAAUCUAGAUCUGUCUCCAUUGUUGUUGUCUUGCACCGAAUUUGUUUAUCAUCUUCCAAAGCCACUCUGUCUCGCUUGUUGUCCCGCUCAUCGAACUCGGUCUCUGCUCAGAGUAUAAGACUUCAAAUUCGCACUCUACGGCUGCGUAUUGCCAGAGAUUCCGGAUAAGUUCACUCCACAGGCUCCGGUCACACAAUCGUCGCCGAAAAUGCGAAGGCCGGGGCAUCGGCACCAGCUGAAGCAGCAGCUGGGAGUAGGAGUUAAGGGAAUGUUUGGAAGGCUCACAGCUGUGGCCAUUGUGGUUGUGAUCUGUAUGGUCAUGCUUUUCUCUGCUCCCAUGACAAGUAACGACAAUUCUCCAUCUGAUAUUGAUGUGAAGGCACUUUGGGAAACUGCUGCUUCUGAUGGUUGGAGGCCAUCAUCUGCUCCACGAUCUGAUUGGCCUCCCCCUCCUGUUGAGACCACUGGAUAUCUGCGUGUUCGCUGCAAUGGUGGUCUGAAUCAGCAACGCAGUGCGAUUUGUAAUGCAGUUCUUGCUGCAAGAAUUAUGAACGCUACUCUUGUGCUGCCUGAGUUGGAUGCAAACUCCUUCUGGCAUGAUGACAGUGGUUUUCGUGGUAUCUAUGACGUUGAGCAUUUUAUCAGCACAUUGAGGUUUGAUGUAAAAGUUGUGGAGAGCAUUCCUGAAAUUCAUAAAAAAGGGAAAACUAAGAAAAUAAAAGCUUUUCAGCUUCGGCCACCUAGAGAUGCUCCCAUCAGUUGGUACACAACAGUUGCUAUGGAGAAGAUGAAGGAACAUGGUGCUAUUUAUCUUACUCCUUUUUCACAUCGUCUGGCAGAAGAGAUUGACAAUGCAGAGUUCCAGCGGCUGAGGUGUAGGGUUAACUAUCAUGCCCUUAGGUUUAAGCCACAUAUUGUGGAAUUAAGUACUGCAAUAGUCAAUAGACUUCGUACACAAGGCCACUUUAUGUCAAUACAUCUUCGGUUUGAGAUGGAUAUGCUGGCAUUUGCUGGGUGCUUAGACAUAUUUACUCCUGAAGAGCAAAAAAUCCUGACGAAGUAUAGGAAGGAAAAUUUUGCAGAGAAGAGACUUGUUUAUAGUGAAAGACGGGCAAUUGGAAAAUGCCCGCUAACUCCAGAAGAGGUUGGUCUGAUCCUGCGUGCAAUUGGGUUUGACAACUCAACUAGGAUAUACCUUGCGGCAGGUGAUCUAUUUGGUGGUGAGAGAUUCAUGAAACCCUUUAGAUCCUUGUUUCCACACCUGGAGAAUCAUAGCACAGUGGAUACCUCAGGUGAGCUAGCAAAGAACAACAGAGGAUUGCUAGGUUCUGCUGUGGAUUACAUGGUUUGUCUCCUAUCCGAUGUUUUCAUGCCAACCUAUGAUGGACCAAGCAACUUUGCAAACAACCUCCUCGGGCACAGACUAUACUAUGGUUUCCGCACAACAAUAAGACCAGAUAGGAAAGGUCUUGCCCCUAUUUUUAUUGAUCGAGAAAAGGGGCACACAAAGGGUUUUGAAGAAGCAGUUAGGCGCGUCAUGUUAAAAACAAACUUUGGUGGACCACAUAAGCGGAUUUCACCUGAAUCUUUCUAUACAAAUUCCUGGCCCGAAUGUUUUUGCCAGAAAUCAGCCCUUGACCCUGCUCAUAAAUGCCCACGGGAUGACGUUUUGAAUAUCCUAGAGAGUAGAUUGGAGGGUGAAGGAAUCAAUUCAUCAAACGAGACCUCACUGGCAGAUAGAUAGGCUAAGCUUAUUGUGAGCUCCCAGAUGGUGAUUACGGUACACGAUGUUGAGAAAUGAGCUUGUUUUUGUUAUAUAGGUUGAAUUUACACUUUACAGGCAUAACUUCUAAUCCUAGCCCCCCCUGAUUAAACAUUAUUAUCCCAUCACUUGGGGAAAUUCAUUAAUCAUAGGACAAUUUGCAUGAGUUAAACAUAACAAGAAAUUUCUCAUUGUGUGCA